AUGGAUGACGGCGAUUCUCUUUGCAAGCUCUCAGACGCCGGCGCUCCCACCUCUUCUUCCAAGGCCAAGGUCAAGGCGAAGGCGAAACUUUGCACCAUGAAGAAAUCAGCCUCUUCUUCCGAUUUGGCAUCCAAGUCAUCCGCCGAGUCCAAAGCAUCAUCUGCUGCUGCUAUCGGCACUACCAAGGCGAAAGCUAGAAAGUCGCAGCCUAUCUUGUACAAGUCCACCGACACCAAUGCAACCGCCGAUGAGCCCUCUUGCAAAUCCAAAGCCAAGCGGAAAGAGGCUGAUGGCGCCGAGCCAAAAGCGUCGCCAUCUCGCUCUGCACCUAUCAGCGAUAUCGUCCGAGCACGCACCCACGUCAAUUGUCAAGGUAACCCCACCAAGGUCUGCCAUCAGCAUCAUCACCCAUGCAAAGGUCCUUUACUGGAAUGCACAUUCAUGCGUGCACCAGGUAAACGAUGUCAAGGUCGAUACUGCUUUUCCUCGCUCAAGCGCUUCUACGCUCAGGAUCCGGAAGCUACGGUCAAGUCGAAUCGUAUGAUGAUCAAUCCUCAAGAACAUUGCCCGCCAACAGAGACCAAGUAUGCAUGGAAGUGUCCACGUUGUCGUGGCAGAUGUGAUUGUUCGACUUGUCGAAAAGCCAAAGGUCUCGAGCCGUUGGGUAAAUGGACCGGUACGAAGGAGGCGGCCGGCGCUUCUGCUCCUCCUGCUGACACCGCCGAUGGCGACACACCAAACACCAACAAGGUCAACGCCAAAGUCAACCCCAAGGCCAAAGAAGAUGGAGCAGAACAAGAGACUGCAGCCAAGAGCAAGAGCAAGGGUAAGGGCAAAGCAACGGCUAACAUUGCUGAAGCCAUGGCAGCCGCUGGCAAGCAAAGCGGAAAAGGCAAAGGAGGAGCGAGCAAAGCCAACAUUGAGGUCGAUGCCCAAGAUGAGGACGAUGGUAUCAGCACUCCUCCCCCACCAAAAGCCAGUAGCAGCAAACGUGCAGCCACGAAAAAGACCCUCGCAUCCAUCCUCGCCAGCUCUGUGCGAGCACCUAUCUUCAAACCUCUCAAAGCACCAAGCGCAGCACCACCGCCCGCCUUUGAGGUGAUCGCAACCAAGCUUCCCGAAGACAACAUGCGCGCUCGCAUGUGGAUCUAUGAGAGCAUGGUCCGUUUUGACAAGUUCGGUCUCAAUCGUGGCGUUCUUUCUCAACUCGACAAGUUUGACAACUGGACCCAUGCCAUGGUGCAAGAGAUGUUGGCAUGCUUGCUUCGGACGAUUGCUGGGUUGAGAAAUAUCGAGAAAGGUCAAACGACAAAGCCGUGUGCUAAGGCUGUCGCUGCUUACCGCACUCAUGGAAAGAGUCUGAAGAGAGGAGAGCCAUGGUCGGCGGCAAGUGAGCUCUUGACUGUGCUGCGGCUCGAGAGGACUCGGCUGCCAUACGUGGAGCAUGAGAUUCCUGUCGAGGUCGAGGCUGCGGCUGCUCAGAGGUCCCCUUCUCCACCUCUGUUGCGGGUGAGGAGAGGACGCAGAGCGAAGGAGAACAAGCAGUAUGAGAUCGCACGUCAGCUUUCGACGCUCGAUCAGUGGGAGGAGGAUGAGUUUGGGGAGGCACAGAGUCAUGACGGUGGUAAUGAUGAAGAGGAGGAGGAUGCGCCCUCCAGUAGGCGCCGACGAGGGGGCACUAAGAAGUCGAUCUACGUCUACGAUGAUCACAGUGACGAUGACAGCAUGGCAGAUCCAGAUGAUGGCGCGCGCGGUGAUUGCAGAUCAGGACGCGCACGCAAACCUGUGAAAAAGGAGCCAGCACCCCAAGUCAGACUGACAGGUCGACAACAAGCAAUCAAGCUUCAGCAAGAGCAGCAGAAGGAAGAGGAAGCCAAACAGCGACAACACGAGGAGGAGGAGGAGAAGGAGGAGGAGAAGGAGGAGGAGAAGGAGGAGAAGGAGAAGGAGGAGGAGAAGGAGGCAGAACAGGUGCAAGAUCUCUCUCGCAAGCGUCGUUCUUCCGCGAACGGUGUCAACAGCAAUGGGUCUGCUGCCAGCGAACUUUCGGGUGAAGAUGAGGAAGAGAAAGGCCACACAAAAGGUCAAAGUGAGAAGAAAAGGCGCAGACUCACAGCCGGCAGUUGCGACGACCAAGAUGAAGCCAACGACUCGGAACAUGAGGACGAGGAAAACGGUGAUGCCCAAUCCAAGGGUGGCACUGAAGAGCAAGAGGAAUCUGACGGGCGGGAGGAAGAAUUGCCGGACUUGGAGACGAAGGUCUCUAUCCUCAGCUCUCUGAUCGAUGCAGCAGUGAUGGCCGACUCUGUGGCAGAAGAGCUCAAGACGGCAGCAGACAACAUUGUCGCUCUGGAACGCACCCAUCGUGCUGCCAAUGCGGAUUUGGAGAAGGAAAUGGCGCAAGAGGUUGCAGAAAUCAAUAAGCGCGCACGCAGCAUGGUGCCAGAGGAGUAUUACAAGUGGAGAGCGGAUAAGGCGGAACUGGAGGCAAAGAUUGCCUGGCGCAGGUUGGAUGCAAGAGUAACGUCGGAGCUAGCUACUGAUACGCAUGCAUUGAGGACAGGACCGAUGGGAUACGAUGUAGAUGGAAGAGAGUAUUGGCAUUUGAGAGAGUAUCAGGAGAGGAUGCCCAAGUUUACGCAAGGCAGAUAUGCUUGGUGUUUGGUGGUGCUUGGCAAAGCUUUCCCUGUCGAUCCGAAUCAGCCCAAGGAAGAAGAGGAGAAGAAAGAAGAGGUUGGUAAAGGGGAUGCGGAUGUGAGCAUGGGUGAAGCCAAGAAGGGGCAAGGGGAAGCAGGAGACGAUAACAGCGGCCUUACGUCUCUCGAUGGAGCAUCUGAAGCCGGAAAAGCUCAAGCGGACACCAAGAGCAGCACUUGGCUCGGACUUGCACAAUCGGCGACGGCUUGGGCUGAAUCUGACAAGCGAAUCUGCAUGGGAGCCAACGAUACGGCGACGAUCAAAAAGUUGAUCGACUACGUCACCUACCGGUUAGAGCAAGUCGAGUACGAGGAAAAAGUGUCGAUGCAGGAGCGAGAGAAGGUUGUGUGUCUGGCCAAGGAGGGCGGUGAUGGAGGGGAUAGCCAAGCUGGAUCAGCCUCAAGAGCCGACGAAUGUACAGCAGCGAAUCAAGUGGAAAGCAUGUACAGCAUUCGCAAAGCCAAACAAACACUGAAAGAUAGGCAGGUGGAAAGGAGGAAGCAGGUGGAACAGCUGGUAAAGCGAUUGAACAAGUCCAACGACUAUUUCGCAUGGCAUCGUGAGGAGGUUCCGCCUUAG